AUGCUAGAUAAAUUGGUACGUGAAGCGAAAUGGUGGGGUGAGACAUUUGUUGGUCUUGCUAAGGUUAUAGCUAGCCCUAAUGCUCCUAUUCCAGCAACUAAUAUUCAUCCUCGUCAACCAGCUAUUCCGAGUACACCAGCUGAAGGAUUUCGAUCGUUUCCAUUUCGUUGGUGGUGGAAAUUAUGUCCGUUUAACAGAAAUAUCGUUAUUUGGAUGUCGAUACUGCUCCCAAUAUAUAUUGUCAAGUUUCCACCGGAAAUUUGGAAAGCCAUGUUGAUACAUCAAGUUCCAGAACAUAUGUCUUUGCACAAAAGACGUGGAAAAGCACAGCGUAUUCAAGAUGAGUUGUAUUUUGCAAAAUACGACCCACUGAAAGAAAAAGCUCCAAUUGGUGUUAGAAAGUAG